AUGGAAGAGUCAUCACCCAAACGACCCGACCCGAUCCACAAACCGCCGGAGUCGGAGUCGGAGUCGCAGUCGCCAGCGACGAAAUUCUCGUUCCCGAAACUCCUUCUCUGGUUCGACCAGUCGAAUCGAGUUAAAACCAUCCUCUCGUGGUCCGUCUUCUUCCUCCUCGCGGUCAUCGUCCCAAUGAUCUCACACUUCGUGCUAAUCUGCUCCGAUUGCGAUUUCAAACACCGCCGUCCGUAUGACGCUUUGGUUCAAUCAUCUCUAUCGAUCUUCGCCGGAAUCUCCUUCGUCAGUCUCUCCGAUUGGUCUAAGCGAUACGGUAUCCGCAAAUUCCUCUUCCUCGAUAAGCUCAAAGACGUCAGCGAAAAUAUUCGACUCGAAUACGAAUCCGAAAUCCAGAGAUCAAUGAAGCUACUAGGUCUCUUCGUUCUUCCAUCGUUAACGCUUCAAGCAAUCUAUCGCAUUUGGUGGUACACUUCAGGCUCGAGCCAAAUCCCUUACGUCAUCAACCAAACGUUGAGCCAUGUCAUAGCCUGCACGCUCCAGCUCUCAUCUUGGCUCUACCGUAUAUCGCUCUUCAUCACUGCUUGUAUCUUCUACCAAAUCGUCUGUCACUUACAGAUCCUUCGUCUCGAUGAAUUCGCACGCUGCUUCGCCUCUGAGAUAACUGAUUUCAGCUCCACGCUCGCCGAGCAUCUCAAGAUCCGGCGUGAGCUUAAGAUCGUCAGUCACCGUUUCAGACGGUUUAUUCUGUUGUCGUUGACUUUCGUUACUGCUACUCAGUUCAUGGCCUUGCUUACUACCAUUAGAGCUAGUGUUCCUUUCAAUAUCUAUCAAGCUGGUGAGCUCGCGUUAUGCUCCAUGAGUUUGGUGUCAGGGCUAUUUAUAUGCUUGAGAAGUGCAACACAGAUGACUCACAAAGCUCAAUCUUUAGCGAGCAUAGCUACAAAGUGGAACGUUUGCGCCACUAUGGACACGUUUGAUGAUCUUGAUGAUGGAGAAACUCCUAAAUGUUCAACAUCCAGUCAACAUGUCCAGAUUUUAUCUCGUCGUCGUAACGUGAUUCAAUCAUCCGAUGAUGAUGAAGAAUGGGAAGGAGUCAGUGAUCUUGACAAUACCUCGAUACAUCCGAUCCAUGCUCGCGCCAUUUCUUUCGAGAAACGUCAAGCUCUAGUGACCUAUUUAGAAAACAACAAAACCGGGAUCACUGUUUACGGAUUCUUGGUGGACAAAACAUGGCUGCGUAUGAUCUUUAGCUUCGAGCUUGCUCUUCUUCUAUGGCUGCUCAAAAGAAUCGUGAACAUAACAUGA